UCAGGGCGUGCGCGCCCCCGCCCGCAGGCCUGCGCCGUUACCGAGCGGCGCGCGCAGCCUCGGCAGCGCCUGCGAGGAGCCGGGCCGAGCCGAGCCUAGCCGAGCAGAGCCUAGCCUAGCCGAACCGAGGGGUUAUGAGGCCGGGCGCCGCCGUCUCCCCGUGAGGAGCAGCGGGCCCGUGGGGGUGCGGGGAGCAGCGCGAAGCGCCGGGGCCGCCCCGCGACAGGAAGCCAUUUUGUGGGCCCCCUCCUCCUUCCUCCUCCUCCUCCUCCUCCGCCGCCGCCGCCUUUUUGGCGAGGCCGGUGCUGCCGGCCGGGGCGGGCGGGCGGACCCGCGGAGAGGGCGCCCGGUGAAGGGGGGCGGCGGAGGCGAGCGGGGGCCCGGAGCGGGCGGCGGCGGCCGCCGCGCCUCCCCAUGGCGAAGAAAACCUACGACCUGCUCUUCAAGCUGCUCCUCAUCGGGGAUUCGGGGGUCGGCAAGACCUGCGUGCUCUUCCGCUUCUCCGACGAUGCCUUCAACACCACCUUCAUCUCCACCAUCGGGAUAGACUUCAAGAUUAAAACUGUUGAAUUACAAGGAAAGAAGAUCAAGCUACAGAUAUGGGACACAGCAGGGCAGGAGCGAUUUCACACCAUCACCACCUCCUAUUACAGAGGUGCCAUGGGGAUCAUGCUAGUAUAUGACAUCACCAAUGCCAAGAGCUUUGAAAACAUCAGCAAGUGGCUCAGAAACAUAGACGAGCAUGCCAACGAAGAUGUGGAGAGGAUGCUGUUAGGAAACAAGUGUGACAUGGAAGACAAAAGAGUUGUCCCUAAAGCAAAAGGCGAACAGAUUGCUAGGGAGCACGGUAUUAGGUUUUUCGAAACUAGUGCAAAAGCAAAUAUAAACAUUGAGAAGGCAUUCCUCACAUUAGCAGAAGACAUUCUUCGAAAGACCCCUGUAAAAGAGCCCAACAGUGAAAAUGUAGAUAUCAGCAGCGGAGGUGGGGUGACGGGCUGGAAGAGCAAGUGUUGCUGAACCUUCUCCUCUAUCACCAAUCGGCAUCCACCGCCCCUUUUUUCUCGCUGCAAAACAAACCACUCUGCCCGUUUUUAACCUUAAACCAAUGUUUUGUUCCUCAUCUUAACAAGCUCCCGCCUCCCCUUCUUUAGGACAGCUUGCCUAUUAUAAUUUUCUUGACAACGUGUAUAGGAAAAUCAUCUCCGUGACUUCAUUCUUCUUUUUUUUUUUUCAUGCACCUGCUCAACUUACCACUACGUUUUGGUUGUAUUAUAGUCCCGUUCCUCCUGACAUUAAAACAUAGAGCAAUCAUACUCAACUCUAUUCCGCAAAUUGUAUAAGAAUAAAAGUUAGAAUUAACAAUUUAUUUUGUACAACAGUGGAAUCUUCUGUCAUGGAUAACGUGCUUUAGUCACCGUAUUCUCUAGAUGCAUCAGCAAAAGAGCCAGGAAAACACUCAUUUUCGCCUUGAGUAUGUGAGUGGGGUUUAUUUUGUCCUGUGCCUUAUGUGGAAAGGAACUUUUGUUUUCAUUCUUUUUUUGUUGUUUUUAUUGAUUUCUGGUGGAAGCAUGUGCAGGAGACAUACCAUCCAUACUUGACCAUUUUAAAGUACUGAACUCUUUCCGUGAUUGCUUUCUGUAACCGUUGGUGUAAUGCAUCGAGGACAAAGGGUGGUGCAAAAAAAAAAAAAAAACAAACAAAAAAACCACAAACUACAUUUAAUCUGCUGUGUCUCCUUUCUGGUGAUCUAGCCAUUCGGAACUGUUCCUGCUGCCAUCCCCCCCCCCCUCACUUGCAGCUCUUUCCUUUUGCCUGCAUGCUGCUUUUAUUUGCAUUUCUUCAUGGUGUGACGUGUUAAUUAAAAGGAUGGCAACGUGGUAUGUUCGCCAAAAACUUAAUACAAAGCACUGAUUUAGCUUUCAAGGUAAAAAUGUUGAAGAUACCUACUAAUUUCCCUCUAGGCGAUGUCAGUCCACUAGUAUAUCUCCUCUCUCCUCCUGCAUAGCCGUUGGGUUUUAUGAUAUGGAAGAGUUAUUUGCAUGCACUAGUUUUCUAUGGAGGGUGAUGUGGUUGUCUACUUUAUGUGUAUGAAUAGAACAUGCGAUUCCCAAACUGACAGCAGUUCACGCGAACUUUUAAGUUCUCUCUUACCGUUAGCCGCUCCAACAAGCUGUUCGGUAGCCUGGCAAAAGGCUGAGCGAGACUAGAUUUAAAGGAAAAAAAAAAGAAAGAAAAAAAAAAGGAAUAAAUAAAAAAAAAGAAGUUGGCAGUUUAAUUUAUUACCUCGCUGAAAACUUUCCAUUUUCCGGUGUUAAAAGCUGAGUCGCUGGCGCGUGGGUCAGCCUUGCCCCUCUCCCGCUGUGGGAAGGCGGCGGCGGGCGACCCCGGCAGGGCUGCCGAGCCCCCCGCCCCGGGCCGGGCUGCGCUGUCACCGCCGCCUCCCUCGCUUCUCAAAGGCAGCGGGUUAAGGACUGCCGGGGCCGGGCUGGCUCCGUCGGCCGCUCCUGCCCAGCCCAGGCAGCCCUGCGGGCCUCGCAUUCAAAACACCGCCUAGAAGAGCUGCCCCAGCCAAGGACGAAAGGAGACUUUGAAUAGACGCUUCUCCCCCAGGCCUCACCUUCUCCUUUAGCGCUGGACACGCCUGUGCCCCGCUCGCCUUCCGGACUGCCUCCGGUAAAUAACUAAAGUAGUAAAUAGCGCUGAUUUAAUUUUAAUGAAACGGCGGUGUUCUAACGUUUAACGUCUAGUUUUGAGCGGCUUCCCCCGUAGUGACGCGACCGAGGUGUCUCCCUCUUCCUCCGUAUCUCGGCGUUUUGUCUCGGUGUGUGUUAACCCUUCGCAGGCGAGUGGCUGUCGGGGUCGGGCAGGGCCCCGCGGCGGGCGCGUGAACCGCCCGGUCAGCGCUGUAAAUAAGAGUACGGCUACCUUUUGGUUACACCUGCACUUUCUAACGUUAUCAAAAAGGGAAAAAAAAAAAAAUAAUGGAGAAUUAUACAUCAAGGGGUUGUUUGGUUGUUUGUUUUUUUUUUUUUUCUAAAUAAUCCUUGUUUUAAACAUGAGCUUUUUAUUUGCUGCCAGGGGCUUGGCUCCCUCUGUGUAAAUCCCUCGGGAUCCUUUGUAGACGCUGUGUUCGUUGCGAGCCAACAGGUAGAGGACAGGCCACUCGCUGGUACUACUAGCUACCGCCUCCGUUGCGUAUUCUCCUUACCGAGUUAAUAAACUGCAAUAUUUCUAGACGGUCUACUUCUGUUCCUAUGAAAACCAUGAAUUUUAACCGCGUGGCUUGGCUUUGGUUUGUGUUGUGGAGCGCAAGGCCCAGCCGAGGAGGAGUGAGCAACAAGAGUCGAUGCAGAUGCUUAAAAGGAAACAAAAAAUUAAUAAUAAUCAUGUUGGAGGAAUUUGCAGUAACUUUAUUUCUGCCGGUAUCUAAACUUCCUGCUAGCUAGCGAACUAACUGCUUGUGAAACCUCUACUUGGAAGACACCCCCCUCCCCAGCCCUGCACGUGGAAUAAAGCCUAAGGCCAGCCUAAAAAAGGGUGCGAAAGCAGCUUUGCCCGGCGCCGGCGGGAGGCUUUGGCCGACCCGGCCAGCGGAGGAAGGCUCAGCGCUACCUUUUGUCACGGCAAAAAAAAAAAAACCAAAACAAAACAAAUCAAAACACCAACCAAACAAAAAUACGUAAACGAUUAAAUUGGUCGUGAUAAACCAAAACCCGAGGUUGAAUCCAUCCUACGAGGGCGUUACCGCUUUCUGUUGGUGCCCCGGCGCUGCGGGGCGGGGGUGAGAGCGGCGCUUCGUGCUCUCGGACUCGGACGGUGGAAAAACAGCAUCAACUUAAGGUCUAGGAUUAAUUCCCAUGCCUACGAUUUUUUACGUAAUCUUUUAAUAUUUUUGCUACUCCACUCUGGCUUUUUAUUUAAAACACAUUCUUUUGUACCACUUACUGUAUCAAAUUGUAUAAAAGAUCACUGUCCCAUUCUUGGUCGUACCAAGAGCAAAUAAAAGCUUUUAUAAACUUGCA